AUGCCCAUUAAGGAGGCGACCGCGGAGGAAUUCAAGGGUCUAUGGCAGAAAUUGACAAAUCAAACCAAGAAGAAGGAACAGGGUUUGCACCGUGCUAGUGAAGUGAUCCAAUUUUUCGAUUCUUUAGAUGUCAAUAUGUCCGAGCAUCUUUGGGAUGCAUUUUUCCAGACAAUGGAUCGACUGGAAGAAAUCGGUGUCCCGGAUGAUAUUUCUGCGCCAAGCUUGCCACUGUUCAUGGCCAUCACAGAGGAGGACCCGACAAAUGAUCAGUGCAUCCAGUUUGAAACAAAAUGGAAGAAGAGCCAGGAGAAUGACCAGGCUUUGAAUGCAGAAAUGAAAAGGAUUUUGAAACGCACGAACAGAUCGACAAGUAGAGAGACAGAACACCCUGGCUACUACCCCCUGAGGCUGUCCACGAUCCGAAUCGAUUGGAGUGGUAAGAAAAAGCAGAUGGUGGUGGAUAGAGAAUGGAAGUGCCGCACCGUGGAGGAGAUCCUCUGGCUGACAAAACAAUAUUGCGAACGAUUUUGGCCGAAGAUUGCAAAGGACUUUUAUCGCAGAAGACCAUACUGUUACGGCCUUACAGAGUUUGAUGAUUUCGAUCUCCGCGUAUCCGUGGCGCUCUCACCAGUCGCAAAAUUGGACAACCUGGUGGAAUUCAAGAACUUGAUGGUACUAUUGGAUAAAUCUUGGGUGAUCAGAGAAAGCAGCCCGACGACGAACGACGCUGUCUCGGAUCAGAGGUGCUUCGGGAACAUCUACGCAAAAGCCGAUGGCACUUAUCUCUUGAAAGAUUUCUCUGGAACAAUCCUUGAUGCGCGUGAUUUGAUUACCAAGUACGAGGGCAAACAGCUUACCAUCCAGACCAUCGGCUUGGAAGGGAAGGCAAAGCAAGAGGAGCGGACGCAUGCGAAGGUCCCGAAAACCCUGUCUGAUCUCUUGUAUAUAUGGUCCAAGCAGGAUCAGGAAGACAGUGGCCAGUACUGGUUCUCAGUCGAGUCGCCUGCCACCUCCAUGCGCACAGCAUCCACUCCUACCCUGGGUGCGGAAACUCCAUCCGUUGAGGAUGAUCAUGGUGUAGAAGUCGGGUCAACGACUCCGACGGACCAAAGGACUGCCAUUUUCAAGAUGCCAGUUCCAUUCAUUGAGGAUGCGGACCCGAUGUUUUUUUCCGGCGCAGCACCAGGAAGCUCGUAUUCGAUCACGAACAAGGCGAAAAGCGAGCCCAGCUCAUAUGCGACAUCGAGGUGGCUGGCGGAAUCAGCAGGAAGGGAAAAACAGGCUGUGAAGGACAGAGCGCGAAUUGGAGGCGCCCCAGGCUCACUACUUUCCCACGCCAGUACAGAAAUAGGACAUCUAAAGGACGCUUCCAAGCAACUCGCAGAGGACACAGGCAUUUCCGAACCGUCCCCAGCAUUAGGGCACGCGCAGUCGAGAGCGGCGAGUGGUUUUGGAUCUUCAAACAAUACAUCACCUCCAGUCGAACCAUCACACGCCUCAGGAAGCGAAGAGGUCCUCCCUAUUCGAUAUCCCGAGGCCGACGUAGAAAGAGGGGCAAACGUCGUUGACUCGAACAUGACCGAGAACCCAAUCACGCCGCCGGAGCCUGCCCCUGCUGUCCGAGAGGGAUGGAUUUCGUGGUUGAAAAGGAAGGCCUUUGGAGGGCGCUGA